CAUGCUGACUUUGUAUUACGUGAGCGCAACCUUUUUGCAGUCAUGGCGUAUCAAUAAGAUAUGCCAGAAGAUUGGCGAACAAUUGUCUCAACAGGCCACCAUUGCCUUUUAUGUUUUGCCUCAAAAUCGAGAUGAUGGUUUCUAUUCACGCUUGGCCACUUCGGAGCUGUGUCAGAAUCGUCAAAUAGCCCGAGUUACGGAAAUCCUUUGGUUGCACGACAACAAUCGUGGCUGUUGCCUUAUGCCAUUACAAUCCAUACCCACCUCGGCUUGGAUAACAUUUCCCGAUGCACCCGGUCUGCGACCAUUUCAUUUCGGCAAAUCGCCUGAAUCAUUGCAGCGUAGCUUAAGUUCACAUCGUCAUCAUCAUAAUCGAGAUGAUGGUGGUUUGAUACGUCUUUUAUUAGAAACGGAAACAACACCAUGCUAUGAAGAUCGUGUGUGGCAACAAGAUGUAGUUAGG